AUGCAACUGCAGCAUCAACAACAACUACAACAGCAGCAGUUAUCGCAACAGCAUCUAAGCAUGCCACCAGGGGCACGACAUCAUCAACACGCAAGUGGUCAUCCAGGUCACACUAUGACUAUAAACAGAAAAGUUAUCGAUCAAAAUCAGUAUAAUGAAGAUACUCCGCCUCCCCUCCCACCCCUACGUAAUCCACAAAAAGCAUUGGAUCCAGUUCAAGCAAUACCUAGUCUAAACGAUAGUUCCAUUAAUGAGCGCGACAAGCAAAUUUACAUCUGCUCUACACUCAAAAAUCCAACUAGUCACAAUACAAAAGAUAACAGUAACAUUAUGAGUAACAGCAAUGGCCAAACUCACCCGAACAAUACUAAUAAUCAUGCCCAUGGGAAUAACUCCUACGGUACCAUGAAACAAACCACAAAUACAAUAAAGAAUCAAACUACAUUCAACUCAACUCCAGCAACGACAACUAAGCCAUUACCAUCGAUCAUCAAUACACCAUUGCCGGAAAUACCUAAGCAACAUCAGUUACCGCCACCAAAAGAUGACAUAUACGUUAAACGUAAGCUUAUUGAUCAAAACAGCAAGUUUGCUACGUUGAAGGCUAUUCCGAUGCCAAAAAUCGAGGCAUUAGAACUUGAGGCCCAGAAGAAAAAAAUUAUGCAAGCCCAGCAGCAGAAAACCUCCAAUACACCGAAUGGUAUUCCCGUUACUACGACCAUUUCAACCCUACCACCACCUCCCGUGACAACAGUGAGCGGAGUCCUGACUGCAUCCCAAAUUCAAUCUCUUCCCUUACCACCUCCACCACCAGAACUGAUCGAAGAGGAAGCAUUGCCUCCCCCACCACCACCUGUUGUCCAGGAUGAUGAAUUGACUGCUCACGAUAGUUCGAAAAACAUUAACGUUACCAAAGUUGAUACCAAAGAGGUUAUCUAUGCUACCAAAGCGAUUACUAGUCAUAAUAAUAACGGAACUAACGGGAACCAUAAUGGAUCAAAUGGAAGCAUCGUUACAAACCCAACGAACACUAACAACAAUAGUGACGAGAGCAGUUUCUAUGCUGUAACUGAACUGUAG